AUGGUCAAACCCCAAGAACCCGAUCAAUCGACCUACACCUUGCGCUUUAAACACGGCAAACACACCGUCCUCCUCUUCGCCGACCCCAACACGCCCUUCCCAACCCUAAUUUCCGAGCUCCUCCAGACGCUCCACGAACGCUACCCCGAUGGUCUCCCCACCAGCAACUCCCCCGAUCCCGUUGCAGUUCCACACGAUAUACUAGAAGUGACGCUUGGCGUGCCAGUUGACGUGCAUGAUAUUAGUAAGGGCUGGACGGAGCUGGAUACUGGUAGGCAAGGGGGCUUGAAAGAAACACCUAUGAGUUUGGGACUUCAUGAUGGCGGGAUGGUGGCGUUUGCGUUUGAUGGGAAUGAGGAGAAGAGAGCGGAGUUUCAUGUCGAGUUUAGUGAUGAGAGUCAGCUGUAUCCGGAGGAAGAAUGA